AUACAUAUAUACCCAAUCAUAUCAAAUUUCAUUCACCAAAAAUUGAACUUGUUUUUUGUUGAAGGAAAAAUGGACAAAUCUGAGAAAAUCGCUUACGCUUCCGUUCUGUCUCUGCUUUCAGUCUCUCUUCUCGUCCUCGCCGUCCUCCUCUUCCUCCUCUGCAGGAGAAAACCGGUCCGGUCCGAAGAAUCUCUGCUUCCGGAGACCAAACCGGUUGCACGCUCCUAUCCCUUAACCGAUGUAGACGCCGCGACCGACGGGUUUAACCAGCGACAAAUCAUCGGUCGAGGCCGGUUAGGAACGGUCUACGCGGCGGUUUUGCCCGGAGAUAACCAGCUCGUGGCGAUCAAGAGGAUACACCCCGGUCUGGUUUUGAGUAAACCGGGAUCCGGUUUCUCCUCUGUUCUGAGAACCCUCUCUUUGGCGCAGCACCCGAACAUCGUUUCCAUUCUAGGGUUCUCAGAAGCUCCGGGGGAGAGAAUCUUCCUGACGGAGUUCGUCGGAACGGCGAAGAAUCUCGAUUUCUACUUGCACGGAGACUCAAAUUCCGGCGAGGAUGCGGCGGCGUUGGAAUGGAGGAAGCGUUUCAGAGUGGCCGCCGGAGUUGCCAGAGGUUUGGAGUACUUGCACGAAGGGAUAAACCCUAGCAUCGUCCAUGGACGGAUCAAAUCUUCGAACAUAUUGAUCGACGCGGAGUUUUCGGGUAGGCUUUCGGAUUACGGAUUCGGGUUUUUGGUGCCGCAUGAGAAAUCGGGGAUUGCGGGGUGCGUGGAGGAAGGGUACGGCAAGGAGAGCGAUGUCUACGGAUUUGGCGUUGUGUUGCUGGAGAUUUUGAGCGGGAGAAGGAGCGAGAACGGAUUGAUGGUGAAAUGGGCAGCGCCGAUGAUCAAAGAACAGAGAUUUGGGGAGUUUUUGGAUCCGAGAAUCGUGGUGGAGAGUGAGAUUAAGUGUCUUGUCCUAAGAAUGGCUAAGGUCGCUUUGGCGUGCGUCGGGAACUCGCGGAGGAGUCGGCCUUCUAUUUCUCAGGUCGCCGCCAUUUUGAGCAGUGUGGAGAGGGAAGGGGAAGGGGGUUGAUUUGAUCGAUUUGGUAAAUUGUGGGGUUUUUCUGAGAAAUUAAAAUUUUUACGGGUUAGAUACGAAAUCAUCGUAGAAGUUUUGGGUAAUUGAAGUGGUAUACGGUGUACAUACAUUAUUCUUUUUCGCCCUGAAGAAAAGUGUCGUCGAAUGUGGAUGUGUAUUGAUUUUCCGUGUU